AUGUUGAUACGAAACAUAUUCAUAUUUUUAAUAUUGAUUUGCUCUGCAAGUAGUUUUCCAAAAUAUAGAACUGUAGCAGAUACAAAUAUUCCAGAUCCUGAAGAAAUAGGUGGAGACUUUGAAGGUGAUAUUUUUUUAACACCUACCACGAUCUUUCGAGGCAUAGGUAAACGAGAACCAUCUGCUCGUUGGCCAAAUGGUAUUGUUCCGUAUGAAAUUUCAUCAGAUUAUGAUGGAUAUGAUCGUGCUAAGAUUAUAUCGGCAAUGCGUCGUUUGGAAAGAAUUGUUUCAUUAGAUCCAAUUUCUGCCUCAUAUUGUAUUCGAUUUCAACCUAAAACUGCUGAUGAUAAAUAUUUUAUAUCAAUUAGAAAUGGUAGUGGAUGUAGUUCAUAUGUUGGACGUGUUAACGAAGGUGGUCAAAGAGUUACAUUACAAAUGAAAUCAUAUUGUGUUGAUCGUGAAGCAACCGUCAUGCAUGAAUUUAUGCAUGCUCUUGGUUUUUGGCAUGAACAAUCACGUCCAGAUCGAGAUGAUUAUAUAACUAUUGAUUUUAAUAAUGUACAAUCAGGAAAAGAACAUAAUUUUAAUAAAUAUUCAUUUGAAGUAACUGAUACAUUAAAUCUUCCAUAUGAUUAUAAUUCGGUGAUGCAUUAUUCAAAAACUGCUUUUUCAAUGAAUGGACGACCAACUAUUAUUACAAAAGAUCCGGACGUAUGGAUAGGACAACGAAAUUCAUUAAGUGCAACCGAUAUAGAAGAAAUUCGAAAAUAUUAUGAUUGUACUUAA